AUGACUGUCACUCGAUUUUCCAUCAAAAAGCCAGUGGUUCUCAUGUAUCCACCAUUGGAACAAGCAUUUGAUGAAUAUGAAGACCUUGAAAAGAGUUACAACGCAGUUGUCUUGAAAAUCGAUGCUAAAAAUCGUCAAGAAUUAAUUCAUGACUUGAAAAAUAAAUAUAAAGAUUAUACAAUCAACAUCGUGGCAACUUCUGGGCCUCUUUAUCACCAUUAUGGUAAAUUCGAUCGGGAGAUCAUCGAUUUGUUGCCUGAUUUAAAAGCUGUUUGCCAUAAUGGCGCUGGCUAUGAUCCAGUUGAUAUCGACUACUUGGUGCAAAAAAACAUCCCUUUAUCUAACGUCGUAGGCAUUAAUGAUGCCUCGACUGCUGACACAAACUUGUUUUUAAUCUUGGCCACCAUGAGAAACUACUUUUUGGGAAACAAAAACAUCAAGGCUAACAAAUGGAGGUCAGGUUUGCCAAUUGGUAACAAUCCAAAGGAUAAAACGUUGGGCAUCCUUGGGAUGGGUGGCAUUGGCAAAGAUGUGAACAGGAGAUGCAAAGUUUUGGGCUUUGAGAAGAUAAUCUAUUACAGAAGGAACCAAUUGCCCAGUGAAGAAGAAGAAGGUGCUGAGUUUGUCUCUUUGGACCAGUUAUUGGCCCAGAGUGAUAUCAUCUCAAUCAACUUGCCCUUGAAUGCCUCGACACACCACUUCUUGGACAGAGAGCAGUUUGAAAAGAUGAAGGAUGGAGUGAUUCUCGUCAACACAGCCAGAGGUGCUGUUGUGAACGAGGUCUCACUUAUGGAGUAUCUCAAGAAUGGAAAGGUCAAAAGUUAUGGCUCAGAUGUGUGGGAAAACGAACCAUGGCACAUCAACGAAGAGUUGAUCAAGAUGGAAAAUGUAGUAGCUACUCCUCAUAUGGGGACCUGGGCCAAAGAAGUCAUCUAUGACUACGAAGCUUUCCAGGUGAAGAACAUCAAGCACUUUAUCCAGCAUGGAAAAGUGCUUACAAUUGUCCCAGAACAACAGCAGAACUUUUGA